AAUUCGAGUUUGGGAUGUCAGCAUUUUAAUUCCAAAUGCACUGUUUAUGCUGUUUCUGUUGAUUUAUUUGCGGGAUGCUAUAUUGAAGUUGCGAGCAUCCAGCACACCAGUCUUCACAGUGUUUUAUGGAUUGGUACUCUGUGUAUCAGUCACCAGUAUCUUGAGGUGCAUUGUUUCUAUGACAGUAAAUUCAGCAAUAAAUUCAGUCGGGGAUUAUACAGACAAGGCUCUUUGGUUAGUUCUGCGAUUUUUCCUGCUAGCAACUGAGUUGUCUGUGGUCAUAUUUGGAGUGGCCUUUGGCCACCUUGACAGCCGCACAAGCAUACAGAGAAUAUUGAUUGUGACUUUUAGCACAGCAUUGACAUAUUCUGUUGUUCAGGGUGCAUUGGAGUUUGAGUAUUGCCACCCUCAGUUCUCUAAAUUAGUGGACUGUAAUUCCAACAACAGUGCCACAGAAAACUACGAUUUAUUUGCUCAUGGAGGAAUGCUAUUUUUGUUCUCAACUUCAGUUUUCUUUUUCUUGAUCUAUAGCAUAAUUGUGGUACUGCCUUUUACGAGGUUGAGAGAUCGAUAUUUACUUCCAACUAAGCGCCUGUUCUACUAUUACUGCAUAUGUUUGGCUAGUCUCAACUUAUGCCAGGCAGUUGGAAGUAUGCUUCUUUACAAUGGUGUCAUACCCAGCCUUUGUGUUGUUGAUUCCACAACAUACCUGUACUUUUCCUUGUACAAUCCACUGGUGUAUGUUGUUUUCCUGUGGAACUUUUUUAAGGUUACCCAGACAGGGAUACAGUUUUCUUACAAGCAUCAAGAAAAUGAAAUUGAUGAUGAGCAAGUUAGUCUUCCAUACAGCAAUGGGGCCACCAAGCAGGAAGUUCAGUCUCCGAUAUAUUCAUUUGACAGUACCCACUUUGAUGCGCAGGCUAGUCGCAGGAGCAGCAGCAGCAGCAGUUCUGUCACAAAUUCAGUUCCCAAUAACAUUCCAACCCAAAGGCCAGGUUAUUCAGUAAAUAAUGUUUUCAAAGACUAUGAAACUGUUGAUGCCUAA